UCACUCUGGAACCCCCCACCCUUGUCAUGUUCUGGAACCGGAUUAGUCACCUCAGUAACAGCUGGGGGUGGGGCAAUCAGGUAGGCAUCAUGCUGGGGGCCCACCAGCGCUCCAUGUUCACCAACGCCUGCAUCAGCCCCUCCCUGGACCCCAGCGGCCGGGCACCUGGCACCCUCUACCAGAAGAAGGGAAGAGUGCACCUGCUAGGGCUGCUCUCAGGUUCUUGUCCCCAAGAGGAGGAGGUUUUCAAUUCUGGUGAUGGAAUCGUGGUCUUGAUGAGGAAAGGGAAGAGGAAAGGGUCACCCAGAGGCCCCCCCUCAGGGAGAAGAGACAGCCUGGCCCCACAGUGCAAGAUGCAGGAGCCAUGUGAGAGUGACACCUCUGACGGAGACCAGGACUCGGCCUUAUCUGCAGGGCGGCAGAGAGACGUUCCUGAGGACACCCUUUCCUCCAAGCCAGCUCCCUCCUGCACUCAUGAUCCCUUGCCCCACAGUCCCUGCCCCUCCUUCCCCUUCCAGUGGAUGUGGGAGGAAUUCUCACUUAAUGGUCAUGCCCCCCUCCCAGCCCCUUCCCUGGACAAGGCCAAGAAGGGGAAGCUCCGCAGAGCCCCCAACAACUCCCUCUGUGAGAGUGUCCGCCCGACAGCGAUAUGUUUGCAGGGGUGCAUAGACCAACGGGCAGGCAGCUCACAGAGGCACAGCAGCGCUGAGCGGGGCAGGAUCAAGCAAGCACCCCAUCCCUCCCCCAGCACCCUCUCCUCGCUGUGUUGGAAGAUGGAGGCCCGGAGCGAGGCUCCCAAAUACCGGCUCCAGGAAGAGCGGAGGCACUGGCUCCAGCUGGCUCAGCAGCUGUUGAGUCUGGAAGAGGCUGUGUCCUCCCCAGCCUGGGAGUCGGUCACCUCCGCCCAGCAGCUCCGGGCCAGGCUGAGAGCUGAGGCCCUGUGUUUGGCUACAGAGCCCCAGGACCCAAGCCCCUGGGGGCACAGAAGGAAGGGCAGGGGGCUGGCCCCCAAAGACAAGACCCGGUUCCAGCCCAUCAUCAACCAGACCAUUCCUGAUUUUGAGAAGCUUCACAAGAGGUUCCAGGAGCAGCUGGAGAAGAGGAAAGUGAGAGCCAAGCUGACCAUCUGUAAACCCUUCCACCUGCAUGUGGCCAGCAGCUCUCAGCACCCGCCUAGGGAUGAGCUUAGAGACUGGGAGCAGCAACAGCUGUGCCAGCUCUGGAGCUUCCACUGUGGGGCCCAGUCCUGCUCAGAGUUUGACCCCCUGGCCUCGGUGCCACCCACCAGAGCCUCUGACAAACGGCAGGAGGCCACCAGGCUAUUGCUGUUGGAGUGGGAACGGCGGGAGCAGCAGGAGAAGAGGCGAGCAGAGCAGCGCCGGGUCAAGCAGCAGCAGGUGCAGAGGGAAGUGGCCAAGUGUCUGGCAGCCUACAGUCCCCCGGGCAGCUUGGCCCAGACCACGCAAAGGAAGAGGGAAGAGCUGAAGAGGCUGGAGCAGCAGCGCAUGGCAGAGUAUGAUGCCCAGCUGCGGGAGAUCCAAGAGAGGGUGGAGAGCCGGCCCUACCUCUUUGAGCGUGUCAUGCAGACCAAUGCCCGCCUGGCUGUGGAGCGGCGCUUCUCCCAGGUGCUGGCAGCGCUAGGCAUCGAUGAGGGGCUGCUGUGGAGACAUUCAGGGCGCCUGGCCAAGGGCAACACUGCCAGGACAGCUGGAAGAGCCACACAGAGGCGGUCAUGGAGUCUCUCCUAGACCAGGUUGCAGCUGAACAAGAGGCUAGAGUCUCCUCUGGACACCGCCUGAAAAUAAUCCUGGCUGGAAUGGAGAAGGGUCACAUACAGCUCCCUGCAUUAGAGACGCAAAGUACCAGCAAAUAAAUGAGUCUUUGAGAGCAGAGUUUGCUUUUUUUCUUACUGGGAUUACUGCACCAAAUUGAGCAGGGGUUGUGCUGA